AAAUUUUGCUUCUUAUGUGCAAUAGACUUUCAUUGAAUCAUUAUUAUAGUACUUUUACUUUUCCUGUACAGUAUUUACAUUGAGGAAAAGGCCAAAUGGCUUUUACUAAUAAAUUUAAUUUUUUUAAAAUAAAUAACUUAAUGAAACCUAACAAGUACUUGUACUUUAUUAUUGGUUAUCGUGCUGGUGCUUCGGAAAGCAACGUAGUAGAAAUAGCACUUGGUAGAACACGUUUACAAACGUCUCACCAUUGAAAAAAUUACAGUUGGGUCUCACUAGUCAGAGCAGAUUGCUUGACUCUCUAAAAGCAGUCGACGCGACCAGAUAACACGAACUCAUUUCACAGGUGUUAUUUCUACAGUCAAUAAUGGCGAGAGGAAGAGCAAGAAGGUACAGCAGGCCGGAGCCGUCCAGUUGGGUUUACCGUCCGGUAGCCGUAAGAACUCGCAGUCAGAUGAAGGACAGCAGAAACGUCUUCCAGAAACUUCCACUGGAGGUUUUUCAUCUGAUUCUGGACGAACUGUCUGUGCUGGAGGUGAGUGCAUUGUGCUUAGCGUCCAAGCAGAUGAAUGGAUAUGUCGUGGACUAUAUCAGCACCCAGGCAUGGAAGAGCAAAAUGAUGCACCUAAACUUUCAUCACACCAAUUGCCCUGAGCAAGAAUGUUUCAAAUAUUUCAGAAACCUGGGUGUAUUGUUCAAACGAUGCACAAUGUUACUACCUACAAAGGAGAGGCUGAAAUGUAUCCUGCACAGGUUUUCACAGGUUCCUUGCUUCUUGCGGGAGACAUGCUCAGCACCAAAUUGCAUUGGUUUAUCCAGAUAUGGGGUUUUUCUGCAGACCAUAAUUGCAGGGUGGGAUGAGUUUGAGUGCCAAAGAGUGUUCUAUUUCCUGUGUGAAGUCACCGAUUUGCUGCAUAAAAUUGAGGCAGUCGUUACUACUGGGAAACCUGGCCUCAAAUUCUAUGAAGAGUUGGAGAUCCGCUACUUCUGCCGCAAGGUUCUGCUGGACUUAUCCCCGAACCAAUCAGACUGUCAAUUUUGGCUCCUGCAGCUCCUAAAGCCCUGGCCUUUGGUCAGCCAAGCACACCUCCUGUUAAUCCUAUAUGGGCCACAGCUGACUGAAGGUAAAGUGACCGUCCUUCAGCCGGGCCUGUGCUGUAAGACAAUAGGUGGGCAGGGUUUCCUCCUCCUUGCAGGCCCCAUCAGUUGGCAGGAUCUGGUGGAACGGGAGCUGCCUCAGGAUGCUCUGUGGAACCUGGCCAGGGCCAUCCUUUUACUCUUCAACAAACCUGAACUGAAAGACUGGACAUUGCAAACAACCCUAGCAGUCUUUGAGGAGAUGAUUGUCAUUCCUCGGCCAUGGCACUUGGAAAAUAUUGCCCGCCUCUUGGUGGUAUGUGGCAAUAAGUUAUGCUACACUGUCUUGGCAAGCAGGGCCCAAUCUGGACUAAUCAAAGACAUUGCCAAAGUCAUUGCGUACAUUAUCCUGGUCUGUGAAAAGGAUGGCUAUGAGAUGAGUUGGGUGGUGCAUUUGGUACAGCAGCUCCACAUUGGCUUCAGCUCAGAUGUCCAAAAAUUCACUUUCAUCCGCCAUCUCGAACACAUGUUCUCAGACAUUAUCGCAGAGUUUCUUUACAUGUAUGAAGACGGAAAUCAUCCUGGGAACAGGGACGUUUUUACAUCCACAUGUCUCCUCCUGGAUGCGAAUGCUCGAUUUCAUGCAAAAUUCCUUCACUUGUUGCUUAAGUAGGAACGAUGCAAAGUUAGUUGCCGUGAGAAUAUUUCACAAAGUAACUUUGUGUCAGUUACAUUUCAGUGAUGAAUUUGUUUAUUGGCUUGAUGGCGACAUUUCAAAACAAUUUCAUAUUUAUGACAAAGGAAAAUAUUUAUUGGCACAUAUUUAUAUGCAUUGACCCUGUAUGUAAUUAAGGUCUUGAUGCAGUUUGUUCAUGUAUUUAAUGCUGUAUUGAUGGAGCUUGUUCAUAUGGACUAUUGAUUCCACGGUUGGCGUUUGCCACAAAAAUAUGGUCUGAAAGUUUGGAUGGAAUUUAAAGU